AUGGCUCUCACAUUGCAAGACAGCAUAAACGCCCCUGGCAACUCCAACUCCUCUGGUUCUGGUGGUAAAAAGCCAAACCUAGGUGGAGGAAGCGCAGACCUGUUCGAGCUCUCUGUGUCGUCUGCUUGCGCUAUCACGAAGUCGGUGUUAUGCCACUUAGCGAAGCGCUUAGACGGCAGCACCACCGCGUCGAAAUAUGACGCACAUUAUAGUGUCAUCCUUGAUAAUAAGGUCCUGGAACGUUAUUCUGACAGAGGCUUCAAAAUCUAUUAUUUCAUUCAAGAAGACAACUACGUCAACCGAUUUGAUGGCACCGCUGAACUGGGAUCCACCACGAUUUCCCGCUAG